GUUGCUUGAUAGGAUGCAGUGUACUGUGUCAACUUCAAUUCAGUAGCGUACACGCGCCAAAGCUGACGGAGUUUGGCGUUUGAGCACGUGCACGCGAUUGACUUAAACAUGUCCACGAGCUCUGGCGAACCAGUUCCUCACUUUCAAAUUCACCUUCCAGGACUCAACUCUUCAAUCACUCAAGCGCCAUGGCUACUGAUCUCAUCAUGUCCGGUGACUGCGGCGGCACCAACACGCGUCUAUCGCUGUGGAAUAUCCCCAAGGACUCCAAGCACACCAAGGGCGAUAUCGCCCCUGGAUCGAUGCUCUUCUCCAAAAAGUAUCUGAACGAGGACUACGCCAGCUUCGCUGAAGUCUGCCACUUGUUCCUAAACGAAGCGAAGCUCGUGGACCAGAUCCCUGAAGCCUGCGUACUCGCUUGCGCUGGUCCCAUUCUCAAGAACACGGUUGACUUUACAAACGUCGAAUUCGGCUGGAAGAUCGAUGGUCCUGGUCUUGAGAAGGAAUUGGGCAUCAAGAAGGUUCGUCUGAUCAACGACUUCGCCGCGAUGGGCUACGGUCUGCUUACACUACGCCCACACGAGUACAUUGUGCUCAAUGACGCUCCUAAGGACGAGACUGCUCCUAUGGCCACUAUUGGCGCUGGUACCGGUCUUGGCGAGUGCUUUCUGACUCCUGGUAUGGACGGCCAGUACUCGUGCUUCGCCUGCGAAGGUGGCCACACCGAUUUUGCACCUGCCGACGAAAUUGAAAUCGAGCUGUACAACGAGAUCAAGACGAAAUUGGGCUGCAGUCAGCGUUUCUCGGUGGAGCGUAUUGUGUCUGGCCCUGGUCUGGCUACGAUCUACGAGUUCCUGGCCAAGAAGUUCCCCGAGAAGGUGGACCCGAAGGUGCACGAGCAGUUCCUGACUGCCAACACGCAGCAGGGCAAGGUGAUCGGUGAGAACGCCAAGACGAACGAGCUGUGCAACCAGACUCUGGAGAUCUUCGUGGGUGCGUAUGGCCGCGAGGCUGGUAACGCGAUGCUCAAGUAUCUGCCUCGCGGUGGCUUCUACAUCACGGGUGGUCUGGCCCCCAAGAACCUGGACUACUUCACUAAGAAGGACAUUUUCCUCAAGUCUGUGUUCGACAAGGGUCGUGUGAGUCCUGCAAUCAAGGCUUGCCCCAUCUACUUGGUCCUAAACGAGGAUUUGGGCGAACGUGGAGCCCACUACUACGCGUACCAGUUGCUGAAGGAGGUAUAG